GCAGUUGCCACGCACCUUGGAAACGCACAAACAACCAGAAUAGCAUUUGGAGCCAUCAGGCAGAACAUAACUUGUGUGGUUUUGACACUUUAGAAAGUCAAAAUGCCUGCUCGUGGAGGCGCAAUGAUGAAUCGACCGAUUCAGGAGCAAAUUGAUGAGCUCAAGGCCAAAAUCGCCUUGCUAGAUGGGGACAGAAAGGCAUACUUCGAAACGUCCCAGUUUGCCAUGAAGAAGAACAGGGAGUCUAUCCUUAAACUGAGGAAAGAAAACACAGAACUUCGCAAAAAACUCAGUGACUCACUUAGUCAAGAUCAGCAUGUUAUCAACAAGGCCUUCCAGGAACAUCCAGUGGAAAGAGCGUCCAUGAAAAACAAAACUGGCAGGCAAGCUAUCACUGUUAUGGAUCACAAAGUAUGUGAUACCGUGAAGCGUUUGAAUGCCCUCCGUCACCAGACAGCCAUGAAACAGAAGAAACUUGAAGAUUUACAGACUCAGUACAACCAGAUGCAGAAAGAUGCCAGCGAGGCUGUGGCUACAGACAAAGGGGAGUCUGCAGAUGCCCAGCAAAUGAGAUACCUGGAAAACAGUUAUGACAAGACUCGGCUCAAGAUUGAUGAAGCAACUCACUUAAGAAGAAUCUAUGAAGAUAUCAAGAAGAAACUUGAAGUGGAAGCAGAGAAGUUCCCAAGUUGUUUGGAUGCCAUGGAGUGUGAGAUUCAGGCUACGCGCACAGAACUGAAAGAACUUAAAGCAAUGCACGAUGAUGCUCAGAUCUCCAAAGAAGCUGCUCAGUCUGAAUUGUCAAAGCACGAGAAAGUUGUGUAUGCCGAGAGGAAACAGCGUGAAAUUGAGCUGUCAAAGAUGAAGAAAGAAGCUGAGGAGAAGAAAAUUCAACAUGAAAGAAUAGAAAGAAGAAUUGCACAGAGGAGUUCCAUUCAACAAGAUGACAUCGCUGGCCAGGAGAAACAAGCUCUGCAUGGCGAGGAACAGCAGCAGAAGAUUACAACAUAUGAGAUGGCCUUCAAGGAAAUCAAGGAUGCAACUGGUGUCUCUGAUACUAUGGAAGUUGUCCAUCGAUUUGAGAGCCAGAAAGAUACAUCAGAACACCUAGAAAACUUGAAAAAAGAUAAUGAGAAACAGAUUAUACGGCUGAGAGAGGACAAAGAGAAACUGAACCAGGAAUUUGAGGAGAUGAAAUACUCUGGAGAUGCCAAACUGUCAGGGGAUGUCAGUGUUAAAGUAGUGUAUAGAUUUCCACUUGAUGGUAGUAGAGGGGAACGUAGGCUUGAAGAGUUCCAGAAUCAUUAUGAAGCAGAAGAGAAUAGACGUGACAUUGCGGAGGAACAGUUACAUAAAGCAAGCAAGAACUUGGUGUCUGUGAAAGCUGGCGUGGAGCAUUUAGCUGAUAAGCUAUACCAUCUCAAAGCUAAUAAAGGUCAUGUUCCACAAGCACAAAUUGCACCAUCUUCGGAUGAAUACGUGUUAGACCAGUUGUCUACGUGUGAAGAAAAACUGCUGAAAUUAUUGGAGGAUCUUGAUGGGCAGGAUAUUAAUAUCAAUACAGUUGUUAAACAAAUGGAGGAGGAAGAGUUCCAUGCCAGCCAAGAGGGCAAAUUACCCCAGUAUAACACCAGAGUGAAACUGCCACAAACUCAGAGAGAUCUUGUCUAUGCCGACGAUGAAGACAGCGCAGAUAAUUUUGAUGGUGACGCACCCGACAGAAACCAGAUUAAGAAACAGUCGCAGCUUCUUGUGGACGCUAAAACUAAAAGAAGAACUACCAAAAAGAAGAAGAAGACAAAAUAAAUGACAACUGGACACAGUGAACUUUAUACAUACUGAUACAUUUACUUUGCCAACACGGUCAAAAAAAAAACAUUGUGUGAAUAUGUUAACAUAUGUGUUGCCUCUGGCAGUUUUUAAGGACCUUUCAGCUUUUCUUCAAAAAGAAAAAGGAAAAUGUGAUAAUUGACCUGAUUAAUGUAAAAAUUAAAAGCGGGCUGCAAAACAGAAGAUAUUGACAGUCUAACAGCACAAGAUUUCAUAAUCCUAAGCUACAUGGUCUCAAGUCAACGGUUGGGGUUUUCGGCUUACAUCAGUAUUGUGAUAAAAACAUUAGUAAACUGUUUACUUUGAAAGUAGAAUUUAAGGCUUGGUACUUUGUGCUGACUUAUAUUCAGAUAUUAAAGGGAUAUAACCCUUUCAAGUGCAGCUUUUGUCAUCUUCUAAACAUUCUAGAACACUACUCUUUUUUUUACUUCAUUGACUUAGUGUGCAGAAUGUUAGGAAUAGCCGGAUGAAUAUGACCGAGAUUUACGAGGGUUGACCCAAAAGUAAUGUCACUGGUGCCAUAAUGUAAUGUUUAGAAUAAACAAAAAACAACAAAAUAGCAUACCCAGAUACACCUUGAUAUAUUUGCAAUAUAAUCCUGAAAUAUUCUAAAAAUACAUUGUAUACUAUGAGAUUUUGACAUACAGUUGAAACUUGAUAUCUUUAUUUCUAAGUGACCGAGCAUUUUACUUCCAGAUAACCGAAAUUUUACUUAAAAUAAUAUUUUACUCAUGUUUCCGGAAUGGGACUUGAAAAUGGCUUCAUGAUAGCCAGAAUUUUGAGAUAAGCAAGUUCUAAAUAUUGAGUUCCAGCUGUAUAUAGAAGGCAUGGUAACAGCCAUCGCCACACUUCACUGACAUUAUUGAAGUCAGAAAUUUGUUUUUUUCACUAAGCAGUAAAUAUCUUUAGCGCUACUUAACAAACUUUAUCCUGGGUUACAUCAAUGAACAUUGAUUGGAAGACAGCAAAUAGAUGUUACUUCAUGACAUCAUAAUAUCAAUUAUCAUGUGACUUUCCAUGUUAUAUUGAUAGAUGGUUGUCUUUCUUUGUUUCUUUCUUGUUAUGAAAAUAACAUUAUUUUUUUUGUGCAGCUAAAUAACAUCAUUAAUUUUGUAUACUUUGAACUUCUAUAUAUUCAAAAAGAAACAACCCUGGAAAAUGAUAUCUGUAAUCAGAAUUAAAUGAUUAUAGAUUUUGAUAUACAUAGUAUUAAUAAUACAAUGUUUAAUAAUUGUGCCAGAGAUGUCACUUUUGGACCAACCCUCAUUAUGUAUUAGAAUUGUGUGUUGUUUGAUGCAAUAUUGAGGAAAAAGGAACAUUUGCAAAAGAAUCAUUGAUCCAAAUUAUAAAGUUUUGUAAGAUGUAAUUUUACAUUGGUGAACCAGUUCAAUGCUUGUUAUAUUAGAUGUGUACUUGUCUGCUACUCAGUUUGUUUAUCAUUUUCUUAAGUCAAAAAUGUUGCUAGACAAGUGUGAGUAUAUACAGUCUAGAACUUAUAUAUACCAGUUUUGUCGUUUUUAGAAUACCUGUUUAAAGAAUAAGUCACUGUAUGAGCUGUGCCAUGAGAAAACCAACAUAGUGGCUUUGCAACUAGCAUGGAUCCAGACAAGCCUAUGCAUCUGCGCAGUCUGGUCAGGAUCCAUACUGUUUGUUUUCAAAUCCUGAUGCAAUUACAGAAAACGUUAGCAGAUUUGCAGUCUGGUCUGGAUCCAUGCUAGUCGCACAGCCACUAUGUUAGUUUUCUCGUGGCACGGCUCAAAUGCUGAACAUGAUGUAGAAUGUUAACCACAUUUCACGUUGUUUUUUUUUUCAUUUUUAAGUUGAAACAAGUCAACAUACCAUAAUUUAUGAGCUAAUUUAAUUCCCUGAUCAUAAAAUUGUUAUUUGAUAAAGAACUGAUUGUUUAAAGGUUAUGCAGUUUAAAAAUGUACACACUUGAGAGAGAAACUGGAGAAGGAUGUAAUCCUAUGAAAAACCCAUUAUUAAACAACUAAACUAGGAAGUGUAAGUUAGUACCGAAUGGCACAAUUUUUUUUUGUGUUAUGUACUACCAACUUAAAUGACAUUUGAACUAAAUGUACACAGUAAGGUUAUAUGAUAUUAAAAUGUUUAAAUGAA